AUGCAAGAUGAAGGUGAGGACGAAGAAAAUGAAGAAGCUGAAGAAAAGGAGGAAGAAGAAGCCGAAGAAAAGGAGGACGAAGAAGCUGAAGAAAAGGAAGCCGAUAAAGAUAAUGAAGACGAGUAA